UGAAUCGUCUUGUUAUAAUUUGCUGCAAUGACACUUCAAACAGUCAUGCGCCGAUACCGACGUUCAGCUGAGCAAAGACUCUCAGACAUCGACUACACACAGCUGGCACAGCUAAACAAGCUAAAUGAAAGUAUCAGUUCUACUGAAGAGGCCCAUAAAAAAUUCAUGAAACUUUAUCAAGGAAUAUUCCUGCGCCCUCAGACAUCUUUACCCAGAAUACAACUCAAGAGUAAGAUCCAACCUCCAGUGAAGCUGAGAGUAUAUGAGUCUGUCCAGGAGGUCAGCAGACAUCAGCCACAUGGAAAACUGGCUCAGGAUUCAUUCAUGAAUCAUGUGAUCAAAGCCCUGAAGAAAUUCCCCAGUGAGAGAUCCCAGUCAGAGCAUCAUGUCAUUUAUAAACUACUGAAGGGAAUCCACAGUCUGACCUCGCAGCUGGGCUCGCAGGAGCUGAAACAGAUUAGUACCGUCACCACCGUUGAGACCUGGGACCGCGGACAGAUCAUUUUCGGACAUAAUGGAUUUUUCCUCAUUCUGAAGGGCUCAGUGAAACCGUUCAGGCAUGAAACCAUUAAAGAGGAUCAGGCAGCCUCUACGAUUGCAGCGGGAGGUUCUUUUGGAUCCUGUGAACCUGUAAAUGCUAUAGAUGGAGAUGCCAACAUCCAGUGUGUCCUGACACUCGAGACCUGCGAGAUUCUCAAAAUAUCUCGCUCUGGAUACGAGAAAGUAAAAAAGGACAUCCUGGCACAGGACCAUCAUGUUAAAAUGUCUUUGAUCCAGGGUUGCCAGCUGUACCUUCACUGGCCAAAGCUCUCCAUCAACCACCUGGUCGACAGCAUUCAGCUAAAAACAUUCCCUGCUAAUCAAGUGCUGGUGAAGGAGGGAAAGAUCUGUCCAUUUGUGGCCUUUAUUGGACGUGGAGAAUGUAACAUCCUUCAGGACGUGGGAUCGUUGCAAAAAACAGUCGACAAAAAGGGCUGCAGGAUCAGAUUCGUGCUGCUUGGUAAACUAGGUCCAAAGCAGUCAUUUGGAGAGGUCAGUAUCCUAUUGAACCAGCCCUCCCCUUGUACUGUUAUCACUGCCACUGAAGUUCAUGGUGGAAUCAUUCAACCGGAAUGUCUUAAAGGUCUGGACUCAGUGACCACCUCUCUUAUACUGCAGACUGCGCAACCAAUGUGUGGAAAGCUCAGUGAGGAGGAAGUCAUGAAGGAGUUCCUGACACAGGAGAGGAUGAAGAAAUGGGAACAUGAGAAGAGCAAGAUACUUUCCGAUGCUUUGUUUUAUAAUGGUGUUCACCCAGGAAGAGGCAAAUGGACUUUUAACAGAGGACCAAGAGGAGAAACUGGGAAAUCCAAGAAGUCCAUAUGAAGUUCAGCAGAUAAACACACACACACACACACACAUAUGGUUUAUUGGUUACUUUGGUAGGUAUACAAGCUUAAAUUCUUGCCCUGAAAUGAAUCCAGUAUUGCCCUUAGAGCAUUUGUGUUUUUUGUAAAGUUUAUGACAGUUAAAGCUGCAUAAAAACUGUCAUUCUCUCCGCUCUCAUACUUUCCGUCAUUGCUGCAUAUAAUACUACUUUAAUGGAUGCCUAGUCAUAUCUGAUGCCUUCAUGAAGAAAAGGCUUCUGAGCACAUUCAGAGACCUGUCCAAAUUGUUAUCUUCUGUUUUUGCUGGAAGUGGUUUUCUGGAUCCCACAGCUGACACCCGCUCCAGAGACACAGAUACUGAGAAACAGAACUCAAGGGGUUUAUUCCCUUCACCACAGCAUUAUAAUCCUUCACCUUCUUCUUUUUCAAAAGCAUUUAGAUUCUGACAAUAUGCAGGGUUUUUCUGCGUACAGCUGCCUAGAGGGAUUGAAAAUACGGACACGAGGAUGCAAUUAAACCCACUUGAAUCGACAAAACGGGAUGAUCCCCAGGUGCGUUUACUUGGCCUAGUCAAAGGUGAUUCAAACCUGUGGGUGGCUGCAAAGAUCUAGCCACCUCACUGACUUCUGCUGACGUCUCUGUACUUUUCAUACGAAGCAUUGUGCUCCUA